AUGCCUUCACCUACCGAAAACCCGACCGAGUACGACCGCGUCUCCGAUCGAGACUCUGAUCGAGACUCUGAUCACGACUCUGACCAAGACAUCGAAUCACCCCCUCAUGCCCCCAAGGUCGAGGCCGCUCCGCCGCAGUGGGGUAUAGGCUGGCAAUGUCCGACCAUGAUGAUCGGUUUCGCUGUGUGCGGCGCUCUGCUGGCCCUAGGACAUCAUCUCUACUACGACUCCCUCGACAACACCCUGGUAACUUCCACCAACCAGCAAACGUGGGCCAUUCGAAUCGGUACCGGGUUCGCCUUUCUCGUCAAGGCGUCGCUGGUUUCCGCGGUCGGGGUUGCAGCCGUACAGGAGAUAUGGGCUGUUCUUCGGAGAAAGUAUAUGACGCUUCGUGGGAUCGAUGGCAUGUUUGCUGUUCUGACCAGUCCGCUUGCGUUCCUGGUACCGGAUCUGUGGAUGUAUGCGAAGAUUCUGACGAUGAUGGCGAUUGUUUCGUGGGUCAUUCCUCUUACAGCAGUAAUCACACCAGCAACUCUCUCUGUCCGCCUGCUCCAAACAAGCAAUAUCACAGCGACACACGUCCCCACCCUAAAGUUCAGCGACAACUCCUUCUGGCGGCCCUGGGUGACAGACGGGCCCCGUGGCGAAAUCAUCACCCCCGCACCAGCAAUCAUGCGCCAGCUAACCACCACCGCCUCAUCAAUGCAGGUUCCCCCAUUCACUCCACCGUCCCCAAACUCAUCAUAUACACUCGAGUUCUGGGGUCCCUCGUAUGACUGCCGAGGGCUGAGUGAAGUGGGCGCCGCAAGAGUCACGAAUUCGACGGGGGACGAUGUAGGCUCGGUAAAGGAGUUGUGGGAGAAGCAAAUUGGCAAUGAAGAGUAUUGGUGGUACAAGGGUGUGUGGUAUAAUCGGAAUAUGAUCUUCGUCUACGCAAAGGGGCAUAACCCGCUGUGGGACCACCAGGACAGCGACGGGAUGACACGGCUCGUCUGCCAGCUGUGGAACACGUCGUACGUGGCGCACCUCAAUUAUACAAAUAGCGUGCGCACCCUAACGCCGCUCUCAACGGAGCUCAUCGCGCCAUCGAAUUUCAGCGGAGGGGAAGGCGCCAACGCCACAAUCAUGGACCAAGGCCCUGAGGUCAACGGCGGCUUCUACCUAACGCAUCUCCUCUUCGGUGGGUUGCUAAGCUACGAGAUCUGGAGCACGCAGUCGAAUACCCUGCUGAGCAACGCGGCCGCCAACGCCGUGUACAAGUCGAUAUCACCCAUGGAGACGGCGCUCUUCGGCUGCGCCGAGUUCUGGAAUACCAGCGACUACGAGAAGAUCCUGGGCGCUGGUGGUGCAGAGACGACCGUCAAUUGUCGCAAUGGGACGCUUGCUGCGGCCAUUGCGGAUCUGUCGCGGAAUUUCACGUAUAGUCUUCUCAGUCUCAAUGCUGCGAAUACGCUUCUCCCUGUCACCGUUUCGAGCGGGCAGAACUUUUACAGCUACAACGUUGGGAACCUAUUGGCGGCAUACAUGUCUGCCCUCGGUGCCACGGUGGCCUGCGUUAUUAUCGGGCUGGUGGCACUAUACAAGAAUGGCGUCCCGCAGAGCACGUCGUUCUCUAGCGUGCUGAUGACGACUCGGAACCCGGAACUGGAUCGGCUCGCUGUGGGACACUGUUUGGGUUCUGAAGACUCGUGGAGCCAUGACGCUGGUAAGGUGCAGCUACGGUUUGGGGAGCUUGAUGACGGGGGCCGGGAUUAUAGGCAUGCUGCAUUUGGGACCAAGGGGUCGGUUACGGCGCUCUCAAAGGGGGCAGAGUGCUAUUAG